AAUGUCACGAGCCUCGUUGUCGCCUCGCGGGUACCAUCCUGGGACGCCAUAUUGGAGAGUCGGUUGACCAGUAUGUCGAUAUCUAAACCUGUCCAGUGAAGUUCGAGGACACCUAAAUAAGCCGGACUCAACAUUAAUAAGUACACUGAACUUUCAUCUAGCCAUUAUUGCUUCUCUAAGACCCGAACCUUUCUGAAAUUAAGGCUCACAGAGACGGGGAAGAAAGGGAUGUUGUUUGGUUGUCAAAAAGCACGUUUCUAUUGACAGGACAAGGGAAGACUCCAUUUCAAUCAAAAUUGUGUUAAAAAUAGCGCUGUCGGCGUACGGUCAGUUUAUACGGCCUGCGGUGAUAUUCAGGAGAAUAUUCACCAAUUUCCAUUUGACAUUUAAGGUGUGUCGGACGAGCACAUCGAAGAAAUUGCUGUGUACCAUGCCCCUUCCAAGUAGGGCUCGAGUCUACGCCGACGUCAAUACGCACAGGCCACGAGGGUACUGGGAUUAUGAGUCACACGUGGUGGAAUGGGCUCAACAAGAUGAUUAUCAGUUGGUGCGGAAACUUGGUAGAGGAAAAUACAGUGAAGUAUUCGAAGCUAUCAACAUUACAAACAAUGAAAAGUGUGUAAUAAAAAUACUGAAGCCUGUGAAAAAGAAGAAAAUCAAAAGAGAAAUAAAAAUUUUAGAGAAUCUUCGAGGAGGAACAAAUAUCAUCACACUUAUUGGAGUAGUUAAAGACCCUGUGUCCAGAACUCCGGCACUAGUAUUUGAACAUGUGAACAACACAGAUUUCAAGCAAUUAUACCAGACGCUAACAGAUUAUGACAUUAGGUUCUACAUAUAUGAAUUACUGAAGGCCUUAGAUUACUGUCACAGCAUGGGGAUCAUGCAUAGAGAUGUCAAGCCUCAUAAUGUUAUGAUAGAUCAUGAAAACAGAAAACUUAGGUUAAUUGACUGGGGGUUAGCAGAGUUCUACCACCCAGGCCAGGAGUAUAAUGUCAGGGUAGCCUCUAGGUAUUUCAAGGGCCCAGAGCUUUUACUUGAUUACCAGCUUUUCCAGAUGUACGACUACUCGUUAGACAUGUGGAGUCUAGGCUGCAUGUUUGCCAGUAUGAUAUUUAGGAAAGAACCUUUUUUUCACGGACAUGACAAUUACGACCAGCUUGUACGCAUUGCAAAAGUCUUAGGAACAGAAGAGCUUUAUGAAUACAUAGACAAAUAUCAAAUUGAGUUAGAUCCUAGGUUUAAUGAUAUUUUAGGAAGACAUUCAAGAAAACGUUGGGAAAGAUUUGUCCACAGUGAAAAUCAACACCUAGUUAGUCCAGAAGCUCUUGAUUUCCUAGACAAGUUACUGAGGUACGACCACGCAGAGAGAUUAACGGCAAGGGAAGCAAUGGAACAUCCAUAUUUCUUCCCUAUUGUGAGAGAACAGGGUCGUUUGUCGUCGUUGUCUGGUCAUGCAUCGCCCACUAAUAUCACAAACUCUGGACAGAUGCAAGAAACUGGACUAGCUCCCAACUCUGUGUCUGGCGCCGCCACCCCCGUGAUGCCUCCCAGUGUUUCCCCCCUCCCAGCUAAUACAAGUGCGGCUCAGUCUUGAAGUCUGCAGCAAAAAUCAGGAAGCCAAGGGAUUGCCGAGGUCUUUUUGACGACCCCUGGUGUGAUCCAAGCAAUGACGACAAUGUGUCACCAACUAUUUGGUUGACUUACAACUGUUUUGCUGGGGCGCAGUAAAGGGUGGCUGGAGAGAUGGAUCUUAUCAUUAUUAUUAUUUUUUUAUUAUUAUCUUUAGAGUAACAUGAAAAUGUAUCAGUAAAGUGUUCACAAAUACAGGCCUCCAGGAAGGACACAAAUUUAUUCUGGGGUUAGUUUGUCAACACUGGAACAAUGUGCUCUGUAUUUCAUCAUUUAACCCCCUUUCCUACCCUCCUCUUGGUUCUAACCUUUAUAACCAAAUGUAACAAUGGUUCAGCCACUCUGAAGUCUUAUUUUGCAAAAGGUGUGGGAGCUGGAUUGGAGCAUCGCACAGUAAUGGCUGCAGUCUUCAAACUUUUGUGAACAACUUGUUGAGAAAAAAAUCUGCUUCACUUGGAAUAUGUGGCCUGCACAUUGGGGUACGAGGGUGUGCUGGUAUUAACUUUGUAAUUGUAAUUAGAUCUCGUAUAGUUCAUAGUCUUGUAAGGGUGUCCAUGUCAAAGCACAGAGUAGAUUUUCUCUCUUAUACCUCUGCAGUGUAUAGAAGUUUAAAGCCACAAUGCAACAUUUUCAGUUGGAACUUGUGGCAAUAUUAGAACUACCCCACACCCCCUAACCAGUUUUUGCUCACCCCAUUUAAGUUUACUAGGCAGUUAGAAGUGUUUUGUUUAAUAAUAAGUAUCAUUAUAACUAUUCAUUUAUUUAACUUUUGAAGUUGUCUAAGCUUUGAUGAAGAAAAUGGAAAGAACCCUGCAGCAAGCUUGAGUCUUGGAUGUUCCUUCCAUUGAUUAAAUGUAUUAUUCAAUAAAACAGUAAGGUCAUGUCUUGUGUGUAAAUAAUUAAUAAACUCUCAUGACUCAACCAAGAGUAUCUUGGAUAAUUUAUUAGCCUAAGGAUGAAAAUUUUAGAAUGGGCAAGUAUGAUGAAGAUCAUAUACAGUAAUCCAGUAUCAUUUUUUAAUUUUUAUUUAUUUAUUUAUUAUAAUUAUUAUUUUUACAAAAUAUUGGUUUUAGAGUGCAAUUUAAUCGUUGUACCAAAGUGCAUAUUUCCCCAGCCAUUAUUGGUAUGCAAAUGCGACUUGUGGAAUAAAGGGUUAUAGGAGGGGCAAUGAUACUUCAGUGUUAUAAAACUUUUGGUUGAAACUGCAGUGUUUAAAUAAGAUAAAAGAAUUCAAUUUCAAUUCUGUGCCUAGCAUAUUGUAGAUAAAGGUUUCUCUGUUGAGGUAUCUUCUCCAACAGGUUGUUCAGUUCAAUAAAAUGUCAACACAUCAAGUACUUAAA